AUGAGCGUCAACCCCGAGCUGAGACGCCAGGUCAUCGCCAUGUACAAAGGUGCCAUUCCCUGCUUUCCCCGGCUGUGUCUCUCGUCGAGGUGGCAACGCAGCGCCCUCUUCAUUUCUGCCUGCUGUCUCCUGUUCAUGGGCCGCGAAUACCCCCUCGGCUUCGCCUACUUCCGCCCGCGCCUGCACAAGGCCUUUGCCGCCAACGCAGGGCUGCGCGAUGAGGCGGCGAUUCGCAGGGGACUUGAGAGGGCCGAGUUUGUGAAGAAGGAGAUUGAAGCGCUGUGA